AUGGAGCGGGGAUGCAGCGCCCGGCUUCCUCUGCCCUGGGUAGGGGAGCGGCGUUUGGCCCCGGGCGCUGCAGGGACGGGCCGCCCGCCUGUGCCCGCCCGUGCCCGCCCCGCCGGUCACGCGGGGUGCGCGGCACGGGAUGCGGGAGCCGGCGGCGGGAGGGGCGGCGGGGGGCGGCACGUGUCCCGCCGGGCGGAGGGGCGGCCGCCCGCCUUGGGCCAGGGGAGUCCCUGGAGGAGGCGAGAGCUCCCGGUCGUGGCGGCGGUGCCUCGGCGCCAUGGGAGCCGAGGCGUGCGCUGGGCCUGUGCCCGCCAGCGGAGCGGGGUGCGGGUGAGGGUUAAGUGCGCCCCGAGAACAACAGCUGCCUUUCUCUCUGCUCCCCUAAACAUCAGCAAACAUCCCCAUUCCUCACCCGCUUUCCCGCGUUCUCCGCUAAACGAAGAACUACCACUACUCCCAAGAUGGCUUUGUGUACAUUGUAACCUCCCGCAAGUCACUGAGGCUGAUAGCAAAGCUGGAAGCUGUAAGGAAUGCCAUGGGAAAGAACAUGGAGUUCUAGUGGACUACCAGAAAAUUUCUGAAGAUAAAGAAUAUGGUGUUGGAUAUUUGGAGAACAAAGCUGCUUCCAUGCUUUAAAAAUGGGGGGAAAACAGCAACAGCAGAACAAAGCAAGGGAAGGACAAUCACCAACUUGUGCUUGUGUCCCUGCCU